GCGGCGAUCGGGGCGGGGAUCGCGGCCGGGGCUCCGGGCGCCGCGGCGGGGCCAUGAAGGACUGCGAGUAUCGGCAGAUCCCGCCCGGAGCAGCGGCCGCAGGCCCGGGCCCGGGCGGGUCGCUGUCGCCGUCGCCGCCGCCGGCGGGGCCCGGAGCGGCACAGCGGCCCCGCAGGAAGUGGGAGGUGUUCCCGGGCCGCAACCGCUUCUACUGCGGCGGCCGCCUGAUGCUGGCGCGGCACAGCGGCGUCUUCGCCCUCACGCUCGGCCUCAUCCUGGCCACCAGCGGCCUCUUCUUCGCCUUCGACUGCCCCUUCCUUGCCAGUCACCUGACCCUGGCCAUCCCCAUCAUCGCCGCCAUCCUCUUCUUCUUUGUCAUCAGCUGCCUGCUCCAGACAAGCUUCAGAGACCCAGGGAUCCUGCCCAGAGCCACCCCCAGUGAGGCUGCAGACCUGGAGAAGAGAAUUGACAGCAUGGGCAGCUCCACGUACCGUCCUCCAGCCCGCACCAUGGAGGUGGUGAUCAACAAGUACGUGGUGAAGCUCAAGUACUGCUACACCUGCAAGAUGUUCCGGCCGCCGCGCACCUCGCACUGCAGCGUCUGCGACAACUGCGUGGAGAGAUUCGAUCACCACUGCCCCUGGGUGGGCAACUGCGUGGGCAAGCGCAACUACCGCUACUUCUACGCCUUCAUCCUGUCCCUGUCCUUCCUCACGGCCUUCAUCUUCGCCUGCGUGGUCACCCACAUCACCCUGCGCUCUCAGAGGGAUGGGUUCCUGGCCACUCUGAAGACAACCCCUGCGAGUGUGCUGGAGCUGGUGAUUUGUUUUUUCUCAGUCUGGUCUAUUUUGGGCCUCUCAGGUUUUCACACUUACUUAGUCGCCUCCAACCUGACGACGAAUGAAGAUAUCAAAGGGUCCUGGUCAAACAAGAGGGGCUCGGAGUUUGCCAAUCCCUACAGCCAUAAAAGCAUCCUCACCAACUGCUGUGCAGUGCUCUGUGGGCCAUUCCAUCCCAGUUUGAUAGACAGAAGAGGAUUUAUCCAGCCAGAUGUGGGGACCCCCUCCAGUCCCAAGAGUGAAAUCCCUUCCUUUGGAGCCAAAACUGACAGCAGCAUGGUAGGAGGCAUUCCCUAGCAGUGCUGUGAUGUUCCCAGUGCCUGCUGUGCCUGCACCUUGCUCCAGCCAGUCCCUUCCCCUGGCACAGCCCUGGCACCCAGAGCUGCCAAAGACUCGAGCCAUGUGUUGCCUUCUUUUUUUUUUUUUUACAUUUAUUUAUUACUUUUUGUGUAUUUGUUUCACUGUGAAGUGGCCUGUCAGGGGUUUUGCCUGACAGAGCCCAGCCUGUGGGACCCUUGGGCUGGUGCUGGGAGCAGGGGGGUGCCAGAGCCCUGAGCUCCAGCAUUGCUAUGAUUCCUGCUGGGAACGAGGUGGGCACUGACAAAUGAUCCUACUGGGGCUAGGCUGGAGGAGCUGGUGUGUGCCUGGUGUCCCUGUUCCCCUGGGCCCCCUGGGAGCUGCUCUGGCUCUCAAGCUGCAGCAGCUCUCCCUCUCCUUGGUAAGCUGGGCUGUUCAGCUGGGAGGCAGUGAGGAUGUCCUGGGUAGUCCCUGCUGGUGCUGUUUUCUGGCUGGGGCUGUGUUUUGGCCCUGCCAGUUGGCCAGACACGUUUUGCAGCAAGGACACGAGUCAGGGGACCCUCUAAUGGGGAAGAGGGAACACUCUGUGCUCUGUGACUCUCAUGAGAUGCAGGUCACAGGGGGUCAGGACUGGGAGCUGGAGCUCCCAGGGUUGUAUUCUGUCUAUGGGAGACCAAAAGGCAAUAGAGAAGUGUGUGAAUUCCUGAGGGUCACACCCUUGGCAGAGGAAGCAGUGAGGGGGUGCUGCUCUCUGAACAGCCCUUGGUUUGUUUCCUGACCAGCAGCAUCCCCAGGGCUGUCCCCAUGCCCUGGGAGCCAUCCCAGCUCUGCUCCAUGAGCACCACUCUGCACCCAGCUGUCCCUGGGGGGAAGGGAGAGUCACAAACCUUGUAGCAAUACUUGAAUCAUGUUCCUAAAAGCUGCUGGAUAUUUUUGCACAAUUUGUUGGACCUUUUUUCUACGUGGAUCGUUUUGUGUCCUGUGCAGAGGCUCACUGUGCUGAGCUGCCUGUCAUGUUUCCUGGGGUCAGACAGACCAGUUUCAGCCUGGGGCAGGGCAGCACAUUUUGGGGGGCAGCCCAGCCCCCCUGAGUUCACCAGCACCGUGCUCUGCACUCUGCAAGCGCCUGUGCCAGGGGGAUGGCAGAGGAGCAGUGAGGAGGGGGGUUACCAGGGGCCAGACUCCUUCCUGUUUUUAUUUAAACCAGUUUCCUUUGUUACUCAAUAAAAUUCUAUUUUUAAAGA